AUGGCACCACACUUCAGGAUGGCCAUGCUCGCGAGCACGGCACUGAUAGGCCUCGCAGCAUCGUGGCAACAGAGUGGUCCCACAGCGGUGGCACCCAUUAAGAUUCCGGAUGUCGACCUCGACCACAGCAUCGUGUUCGAGUCCGUGCGCGAUCGGCUGCAGUAUCUGCAAGGCAUUGCAAACCACGUCAAGACUCUGCCACCGUGUGCUCAGCUCGCCACAAGCGCCCUCUUGCAUACCUGCUCUGCGCUGGAAGGCUUUAACCCCGAUGAUGAAUCUGAGCUCAAGCGUGGGUCUGACCUCUUCAUCGAUGAGGAAGCCGACAUUUACUCGGCUCGCCUUGCGGUCUGCGAACUCAACAGCGCAGACUAUCCGGUCCCAGAUGCAUGCAAAUCUUUCGUUCCUUCGACCCAAGCUAACAAGAAGCGCGGCACCCGUGGAUUCUGGGGGAAGCAGGAAGCCACUGAACAGAGCAACACCUUCCAGUACUACGAUGAGAUCACUCAAGCGAACCUAAAGCAGUGCCGCAAGGCUUUGGGCGCUUCUACCCAGGCCUGGACCAGCUACAGCAACAACCGCCAGAACGCGCACCUCUACUGCCGCGCAGUGCGUAGCGAGAUUGAGAAGGACAACCAGAUCCACAUCGGCAAAGUCCUCGCGAACACAGCUGUGACCGCCAGUGAGUCGCUGCAGGAUGCUUUCGAGCAAUUCAACGACCUCAAGGCAGAGUUCAGCAAGCUCGCCACAGCCAUGCCUCAAUUUCAGAUGGACUUAGCAGCCGGGAAUGAGCAGCAGAUCGAGCACAUCAAGAACUUCUGGGCAGAGCUGGAGCGAGCGCACGAAGGUCUUCGGGACAUCGCCACAGGAGUGCAUGACAUUCGCAACGGCGUUCAGUGGGCUAAAGACGACGUCGCUGGCUUGAGUGUGGUUAUCGCCAACACGGCAGGUGAAUCCGCCGCCAAGGUCAAGAACGGCUUUGAAUCGCUAAGGUCUGGCCUCAUUAAUGCAGCUGGUGACAUCGAGGCUCUGACGCAGCUUGUAGCGUUCCAGCGGGAGAAGCAGCAGCAGGAGUUCAUUACAGGCCUGGGCGCUAUCACUGGUGACAUCUCAGUUGUCAAUAAGCUCAUGACCAUUCAUCAGCAAGCACUAUGGGAGGAGCGCGAAGCUUCCGACCGCUGGAUCCAACAGCGUAUUGAGAAGGAGAAAGAAUACCAGAAUAUGCAGAAGGAGACUACGGCGACGCUCAUCGAGACCAGCGACCGAGUGAGGGAGGUCAAUUUCACCCUCGCUGCGCUUCCAAGCAUGGUGGGCUUCGGCUGGGAGCCGCUUCGUGCCAGCUUUGAUACCGUGCUGGCGCUCAUUGCCUGUGCAUCGGUCUACACGCUUCUGAGCUUUGGGCUCUGGGAGCGAUGCGUCGGCUUCUCCUUCAUCGGGAAUGCUUUCGCUGCGAUCGGCAGUGGCAUCGGUACGUACCCUCACGUCCUCUAUCAAGACUCUGCUAACAUCAUCACAGCGCUAGCCUACAUCUCCGUCUUCACCUACAGCCCUCUCGGCUUCUGCCGCUCAACUCUGGACCUUGCCACGACAGCCGACCGGGUCCUCUUGCUCGGCAUCGCCAUCGGGGCUGCGGCGUAUGCGGUGCUGGCUAUUGUGAAGGACAUCAUGGUGUGGCUGCUCUGGCGUAGGGUCAAAGCUAGAGCGAGUGCAAAGACGGUGGAGUACGAUCCUUGCAGCCCUGACUAUCCUGUUGCGGAAGUUAAAAAGUGGGAUGUGUGA